CAUCAGUCUUUUUGAUACUUUUUUAAUGACUCAAAGAACUAUUUGUAUUUGAUCUAAUAUUAAAUUAUUUGCAAUAAGGUUUCUCGUUGUUUUGACAGGUGCAAUAAAAUGUUGCAUCACUAACGGAAAUUUGUACUAAAACUCGUAAAUGUUAUUGUUUAUAAAAAAGAAGGAAGGCAAAAUACAUUAACAUUAAUUAUGUUUUGGAGAUGUAAUUCAUUUAAGGUUAUAAAUAGUAGUUUCCUUGUCGUGGCAGGCUUAAGCCUUGCUGCUGUCGGUUUUACUGGUCGUUAUGUGCUUAAAAAAAUGCCACAGUUUUCUCAAAGAAUGGCAGAAGCUUUAAAAAACAUGCCAAAAUUAGAUUCACAGACAUUGGCAACUAGUAAAUAUUACAAAGGCGGUUUUGAACCGAAAAUGACUAAAAGAGAAGCUAGUUUAAUAUUGGAUGUAUCACCAACCGCGAAUAAAGCAAAAGUAAAACAACAAUUUAAAAAAAUUAUGGCUGUAAACCAUCCAGAUCGUGGUGGAUCUCCAUAUAUUGCAGCAAAAAUUAAUGAAGCAAAAGACUUUUUGGAAAAAUGACAUAAAUAAUUUUGUAGUUAUACAGAGAUACAUAGCACAUGUAAUUACGCUUAGAUCUACACCUGAAAAUUUAAUUGCAGUGAAGAAACUGUUAUGUACAUAUUAACAACAUAGCGAUCUUAUAUUUUAUUUAACUUAUAAUAAAGUUAUUUAUAAGAAAAUACAUUAAUUGUUGUCCUAAUUUUAACAUGCA